AUGAACUUCUCCGCGUCCUGGAAAUCAACGUGGCCGGUGGCCGCCGUCUUCGCCGCUCCCAACCUCUUCGCCGGAGGCGCCGCCGACCACCUCGGCCCUCUCCUCUUUGGGCCCUCGCCUUCUCCUCCUCAGCAGAGCCUCUUCUGCUCUCCCUCCCUUGCGCGCCGCCCGACGGCGCCGCCGCCGGGGAGCUCGUUCAACCAUCUCCAUGUCCUCCGCUGUCGGGAGGAGGACGUUUCUCACGUCCUGUUCUUCCCAAUCGGGGAGAACUUCGAGCAGAUCGGCUUCCUAGGCCUGUCUUCGAUCGGAUCGGAGCCGCGGAUCAGAUCGGAGAACGGCGAGGUUUUCCGGCAGGCGGAGGGAUACGCUCACCCCGGCCACCGGAUCAUCGACAUCUCGGUGGUGCCUCUCGAUCCGCCGGACGAUGGCUGGGACACGGCCGCCGCCGCCGCCACCGCCUUCGCGCAAGGUCAUCUUCUCGCCACCACUCUCUACUCUGUGAAUUGCUUCAGGGUGGAGGUUCUCAAUGGGAGGCCCCUUCUGGUUCCCACGGGGAGGCGGUCGUUCCUCAGCCGCGUGGUGGACGCCUGCUGGAACCCUCACCUCCCGGAGGAGUGCGUCGUCCUCCUCGACGACGGCGAUUUCUACUGGAUGAGACCGAAUUCAGGCUGCGCCGUCAGGAUCAGAUCACCGGGGGGAGAUUGCGGGAGAUGGCUGCGCUGCGAGUUUGGAGGGAAACCGUGGUUGCUGUUCGUCGCGAGCUCCGUGGCUGUGACGAUGGUGGAUCUGAGGUCGAGGAAUGGUUCCGGGAGAUCAACACUGGCCAGGAUCGAGGAUCCGUGCUCGUACAUGGAGGUGCACUCCAUGGUGAAGGACCAGUUCAUCGCCUUCUCCAGAGCGUCCGGCGACGAUUUCCUCUUCUCCGUGGCGACUGAGCAUCAUCUGUUCGUAUAUGAUUCUCGUCAGCCAUUGAUCCCAGUUCUGCGGUGGAAUCACGGACUUAAUCAUCCCUGCUAUGUGGCUGUGCAUCCGCUGCGGGAGCUCAGGCCGUCGGAGCAGUUCAGGUGGGCGUCUGAGUCGGGAUUUGCCGUUAUCGCUGGAUCCUUCUGCAACUCCGAGUUCAGUGUCUUCUGCUGCGGGCCGAAAGAACAGGGAGACUCGAACAGGAGCAGGAUCCUCACUCUGUACGCCUGGGAGCUCCCAUCGGAUCUGUGCGUGCUGGAUCGGCGAUGCUCUUCCGUCGAUGCUCUUGUGAAUGAAGAAUUUCUCAAGGAGGAGCUCCCCGCCGGAUCUGACCGCUGGCUGAGCGAGGAGCUCGUUGUAGGGUUUUCGAUUCUCCCCGAAGCUGCCUUCUCCGUGCCGUCAAAGCUUGAAGACCCCGGUGGCUUCUCUCUGCUCCGGCUCUUGUCGUCUGGAAGGCUCGAGUUGCAGCAAUACUGCACCUCCCAGAAGCUCUCAUACAGCCGUGAGGCUUCAUCAAGAACCUGCAAUUCCCCGUUGGUACCGUGGAAUGGGAACGAGGACGCCCCUGUCACCCGCCACGACUUCCUCAACUUCAAGUUUCUCUCCGCGUAUCUGACCGGAAAUCUCUCCAAGACCAUGAUCAUGGAGAUGCAGAAUCCCGGAGCGGAGCUCAUGAAAUCCAAGCUGGCCAUCGACGACCGCGGAUUGCAGGAGAUUAUAGACCGAGAGUUUUGCAGAACAUCCCCUUCUGUUCUCGACUGUAUUACUGAUGUGGGCAUCCCCUCCAGCAUCCACGAGGUAGCAUCACGAAGGGCUCUGUGCUCUCUGCAGCGGAAUCUUCUGCAUCUGGCCUUCUCCAGGUUCUCAGAUCUCUUCACCGAGCGGAAACACUCCACCAUUGAGUUUCCAGAGGUCAGCAGCUCGCCCUCCUUCUUCCUCAGAAAGCCCCUCGGAAGGACCAGCAAGGGGCAUCUCAGAGUGCUCCCCGCAGAUCGUCUUGUUGGGCCGGUGCUUCCUCUUCCUGUUCUCCUCAGCCUCCAGCGGAUGGAGGACGAUGGCUAUGUUAACAACGAGGAGGAGGAGGAGGAGGAGGACUUGAUGGCCACUCAAUGCAGCAUGAUUCUCGACAGGGUGUUCCCUGAGAUCUCCAUAGCUUCGUCACAGGUUCUGCAGGAGGAGAAUCCUUUCCAGGUCCAUGAACCCAGGGCAUGCCUUCCUGGUGAAACCCGCAGCUUUGCCAAGGAGCAGGGAGAAACCCACCAAGAACACCAAGAAUUCUCCAGCGCCGCCAUGAAAGACGAUAAAUUCUCUAUUUUCGUCUGUGGGAUUCAUGAGAGACCUGACGUCAAGGGCUCCAGCCAGGACCCAGAAACCCUGGGGAUGUCUGCUGAUCUGGCGCCAGUGAAGCUGGAUUUUGAUCCUCCUGGCAUCAGGCUCUCACACAACGAGCGCAAGAUAUUCAGCUCUUUGAAGAGACAGUUCUCGAGAUGGCAGAGCUCCUGGGCCGACCAAGAUCUCCCUCGUUCGUCCAAGUUUUCGAAGAGAAUGUGA